AUGAACCAGAUGACCAUGAACCUCCUGGUAACUCAGAUCAGUUACCACCUGCUAUCUUGUCUGGUGACGAGAUUCCGCCCCAUGAUCUCCAACCUGACGAGGAUAGACAAACUGUGUGUGACACUCCACAAACAACCAAGAGUGCCCAGGACACUUCGGACAAUCUUCUUUCUCUUUGUAGACCUUGAUGCCUGCUUUGUUGGCAUUCCCCUUGAUUCCGGUGCCUCCAACAGGUCUGGUACACGGUUUGGGCCAAGACAGAUACGUGUUGAAUCUGCACUAAUCCGCAAGACGAGUAUGGGGACAGGUGUGGAUCCUUAUAGCUAUCUCAGGGUGGCGGAUGUUGGAGACAUAAGCUUAAACAUGUUCAACCUGAAGAAGGCCUGUGACAAUAUCAGGGACGGCAUUAGCUCCAUCAUAGCGUCUGGCUGCCGACCUCUUACUAUGGGAGGAGAUCACACACUGACAUAUCCUGUACUCCAGGCGAUGAAGGCUAAAUAUGGCGCUGUUGGUCUGAUCCACGUGGAUGCUCACUCGGACACCAGCGACAGUAUGUACGGCGAGAAGAUCACGCACGCUACACCGUUCAGGAGAGCAGUCGAGGAAGGUUGUCUGGACUGCAGCCGAGUGAUUCAGAUCGGGCUGCGGGGAUCUGGCUACAGUGUCAGUGACUACGACUGGGCCAGGAAUCAGGGAUUCCGUAUUGUGACUGGUGAAGAGUGCUGGAGCAAGUCGAUGGUGGAGCUGAUGGGUGAAGUUCGUGGGAUGAUGGGAGAUGCCCCGGUGUACCUUUCGUUCGACAUCGAUGCUUUAGAUCCCGCCUAUGCCCCCGGGACAGGUACACCAGAGAUAGCUGGCCUCACCCCAUCUCAAGCCCUGCAGAUCAUCAGAGGAAGUCAGGGCCUCCAGAUAGUAGGGGCUGAUCUUGUUGAGGUAUCUCCUCCAUAUGAUAUGGCUGGGACAACAGCGCUAACAGCAGCAAACCUUCUCUUUGAGAUGUUGUGCAUCUUGCCUAGGCCUAAACGCAGUUGAUCCCAUCGGAUCAAAAUACAAAUGCAUAAUGCUGUCGGAUCAAAAUCAAAGUGUACAGCGUUUCCGGACGCCAAUAAAAGAGUGUAAGGUUUUUGAACCAUGUAUUCUAUGACAGAAAAAUAAAGUUUUGCAAAAUGAA